UGAAAUAGCUUCCUGUUUCAAAAAAAAGAAUUUAAAUAGAAAACAUUCUACAAAGUAUUUAUGUGAUAAGUAGUUUUUGCUUAACUACCAUAUUAGAGCUACCAAAAUUCCACGCUAUGUAUUCAAAGUUUAUAUUCCUGUUUCUUCUAAUUGCUGUGGGUAAAAUUCAAGCAGAAAGGUGUAGUUCCGUAGUCAUUAAAACACGAGAACAAGAAUGCCUUCGCAGUAUGCUCGAACGGCUUAUAGAUGAACCAUCAGAUGCCGAAGUAUGCCAAAUAGCGAAGACUACUGAAAACUGUUUGAGAUCACUCGCCGAUGAUUGUCUAGAUGAGAGUGAAAUAGCUCAACUAGAAAACACAUUUCAUGCAAUAGAAGUCUUAACGCAAAAUUGCCCAGAAACAGCUGUGGGUAAAAUUCAAGCAGAAAGGUGCAGUACCGAAGUCAUUGAAACACGAAAAGAAGAAUGCAUUGAAAACAUGCUCAAACGGCUUAAAAAAGAACGAACAGAGGCCGAAGUAUGCCAAAUGGCGAGGACUGGUAAUAGCUGUUUGAGAUCACUCGCUGAAGAUUGUCUAGAUGAGAGUGAUAUAGCUCAACUAGACGACGCACUCCAGAAAAUCGACAAAAAAUGCCGAAAAACAGAAACAAAUGAGCCUGAUGAUGAGACAAAUAAAGCUUGUUUAGAGGACAAAAAAGAUUACAUACUUGGUUGCCUUGGAGAAAAUCAAAUGAGAGCAUUGUCACACUUUUCUCCUCAAAAAAAUCCAAAUGAAAAUGAUGUCAAGUGCACGGUAUACAACUGGAUUGCUGAUUGUGCGAUUGAGCUCGCAAUAAAAAAAUGUGGUGCUGGCGCAGGUGAUGAAAUGCUAGAAGAGUUGAACAAUCCUCCAACAGAAAUAAAAGAAGCUUGUAUUGCUGUAAAUAGACCUCUCCGAAUUCAAGCUCCACGAUUUUAAAAUGUUCUUUCUUUAGGAAAUAGGGAAUCGAAGUCAGAUCCUUUUGGGUUAAUAUAUGUCAUUUUUCCAUCGUAUCCCUCUUAUGUAUGAAAAACAUUAUCUAUGUCAACUGUUCAAGACAAACUUUAAUGUAUAACUAAUUUCUAAAACAUUAAAAAAAUAAUUGCACAGCGUUUCCUCUAUAUAAUAUUAUAAUAUAACAGGGGUGGCCAACCUGCGGCUCUUUGAAGGAUUAUUUGUGGAUCUCGAUAAAUGUACCCGAGUUCCUUUUUCAUUUUUGUGUUAUUAUAUUUUAAUACUUUUCUGAAUCCAUUUGAAAUCAACAUAAUUCAAGGUGAGUUUUCCAUUUCCAAUAUAAUUAUGACCCAAAAAGUAUCUGAAAAAUUAGAAUUAAUAGAAAUGCAAGACGAUCAAGCUCUACAAUUAAAAUAUAAGUCGACGUUGAUUACUGAAUUUUGAAAACUUGUACCAGAAUCGAAGUAUCCUGAAUUAAAAAAGGCUGCUUGUCGAAUUACUUCAAUACUUGGAACAACUUACUUAUGUGAAUCAUUUUAUUUCGCUUUAAAAUUUGUGAAAUCCAAACACCAAUCAGUAACCAGCAUCUCAAAGA